CUUCAUUGUCAUCAACGCCUAAACAGUUGAUUUAAACCCUAAAUCCUCCAUUUGCAAAUCCAAACUCCAGAGACAACCAGCUCGCUUUACUCUGUCUUUAGAGAUGUAUCCAUAUGCUACUCGAUUCGUCUCCAUGGAACUUCCAGCUCUUAAUGGCCCAAAGGUUUGGAGCUCUUCUGGUUCGUCUGGGCGGGUAGUCAAAGUACGUGCUGUUUCCUUGACUAUGAGUGAUGCGUCGAAUUACAUUCCAAAGGCUCCGAUUUUUCUCCCCGAGGGACCAUGGAAGGAGGUCCCUGGGGGGUUACUGCCGCUGAGGGAUUCAAAGCUGCCGGAAUUUGUGCUGGUUUGCGCGUGAAACAAGAUAAACCUGAUCUUGCACUUGUCACUUGUGAUGUGGAUGCCAUAUCUGCAGGCGUGUUUACUACGAAUACGGUUGCAGCUGCACCAGUCCUGUUCUGUAAAAAGGCAUUAAACAAUUCGAAAACGGGGCGUGCAGUGUUAAUAAAUGCUGGACAAGCAAAUGCCGCAACGGGUGAUGCAGGAUAUCAGGAUGUUAUAGAAUGUGCCAGCACGCUUGCCGAGUUACUUCAAAUAAGUCCAGAGGAGGUGUUUAUUGAGUCCACAGGUGUAAUUGGUCGAAGAAUAAAUAAGGAGGCACUUUUGAGUUCACUUCCAAAACUAGUUGAUUCAUUGUCAUCAUCAACUGAGGGGGCAGAUUCUGCAGCCGUGGCAAUCACUACUACCGACCUUGUUAGCAAGAGUGUAGCAAUUGAGUCUCAGGUUGGAGGGAGAACGGUUAGAGUUGGGGGAAUGGCGAAAGGUUCUGGGAUGAUCCAUCCAAAUAUGGCUACCAUGCUAGGUGUGAUAACAACUGAUGCGCUGGUUGCAAGUGAUGUUUGGAGAAAGAUGGUGCAGGCUGCUGUAAACAGAAGUUUCAACCAGAUAACUGUAGAUGGAGAUACUAGUACCAAUGAUACUGUUAUUGCUUUGGCUAGUGGGUUAUCUGGAUCAAUCAGGAUAGCUUCUAUAGACAGUUAUGAGGCAAUGCAACUCCAAGAAUGCCUUGAUGUGGUAAUGCAAGGCCUUGCCAAAUCAGUAGCUUGGGAUGGAGAAGGAGCAACAUGCCUCAUUGAGGUGACCGUGACAGGUGCAGACAGCGAGGCUGAAGCAUCAAAGAUUGCACGCUCAGUGGCAUCUUCUUCUCUUGUUAAAGCUGCCAUAUAUGGUAGAGAUCCAAAUUGGGGACGUAUUGCUGCUGCUGCAGGCUAUGCUGGUAUUUCUUUCCAUCAAAACAAGCUUCAAGUGUUGCUAGGAGAUAUCCUGCUCAUGAAUGGUGGGGAACCACAACCAUUUGACAGGGCUGCAGCAAGUAACUAUCUGAAGAAGGCUGGUGAGACGCAUGGGACAGUUGCAAUUCAUGUAUCAGUUGGUGACGGAUUAGGAAGCGGGCAAGCAUGGGGAUGUGAUUUAAGUUACGAUUAUGUCAAAAUAAAUGCGGAGUACACAACAUAGAAGGUUUCUUCGUGUCAUCUCAAUAUUUUCUGCCCACUUCAUGAGACUCCUAGACUAAUAAAAUGUUUUGAAGGGCUGAUGUUUUAUCAUUGCCGUUUCUUGCCGGUGUGGACAAGGGUAACAUGCUUGUGUUUUUCACUAUAGAUAAGCGCCUUGAGAGCAUAUAUGUAGAACGUGCAAGUCAUUUUUAUUGCAAA